AUCGGCCAUUGUCAGUGUCAGUGUCAGUGUCAUUAAAGGUGAAGAAGGGAUGAUGAGCGUCUUUUGUUCCUCAAUAAGGGAAGUCAGGACACCCGGGGAUCGCUAACCCGAUAAGGCAUGGCAUCCGCCGUCCAACACUGUCUGGACCAUCCAUCCAUCCAUCCAUCCAUCCAUCCAUCCGUCAUCCUCCCUUCCUCGCUUCCUCGCUCCCUCACUCUCCCUCCUCUCUCUUGUCUCCCCCAUCCCUUUCGACAACCUUCAGACCACUCUUCCUCAUUGACUCUAUACGCCUCUUGUCACCUCCGAACCCCCCUGACGCUUCUCUUCGAGACUCCUUCUUUGCGACCGGUGCUGGUUUCCGGUCACUGAUCUAUCCUUCUCCCCCCCGCGCUGCUGCCGCCGCCGUCGCCGUCUCCGUCUGUUGUGACGUUCUCCCUUGCAUACCGUGCCACUGAUUAUAGCCUCCUGA